AUGGUGCACACCCGCCGGAGAAGACGACCGUAUCGUCCCACCUGCCAGCAUCCAUUGACCGCCGUUUCCAUCGAUUCCCUCCCUCGCUCGCCGGAGUCCCCUUCGACGCUUCCACCGCCGCCGACUACCCGCUUGUCGUUACCUGCUCCUUCAACCUCACGCGGACUUCUGCUGCGCCACCACGAUGAAUCCGCCAUCGGCAACCACGCCUCUGGCCUCGCUGCUCACAGGCUUCCACCGCCUUCAACGGUAGCCACGCCAGAGCUCUUCUUCGUCCCUCCGGCCACUUCAUUCGACCAGCACCAGACCGACCGCCCCUAG